AGCAAAAGUAUAUAUAAGAGCUACGUAAAACUGGCGUGGUUAAUGGUAAUGUUUCAUAUAACACUUAUGAUUCGAAGUACGACUCGAUAUUAAAGUAGUAAUCAAAAACUGUCUGAAACCGAGAUGGAUAAAAAACAAUGUCAGUGGGAUGUUGUCGUUGAGACUUGCUUCGACCAGAAAACAACAUUCAGCGUCACCAAAACUACAAAUGUUAGAGAUUUGAAGCUACACUGUGAGGUAGAGUUUGCAACCCCAGCUGAAAUACAAGUAUUGGUACAUGAAAAGAUGGAAUUAGACAACACCAUCACUAUCGCAUCACUACCUUCACCAGACACAGAAACCAUAAAAACUUUCAAACUACACGUCCUAACUGGGUUACAAAGUUUUGUAUUUUCAUGCAUGAAAGGUGAUAUGGAAAGCGUGACCAAAGGAAUCCAAGAUAAAACAAAUCAUUUAUUUACCACAGAAGAAAGAGCUUUUGUAGCAGCAUUUAUUGCAGUUGGUACCGGAAAACGCGAGCUGUUCAACUCACUCCUCGAAGAUAAGGAGUGGUUUGUCGACAUUAUUAGCAGACGAACGAAGCUGAAUCAACGGAGUUUACUUCAUGCUGCUGUUGCCGGUGGCGACUUGAGUUGUGUUGUGAAUAUCAUGGUCAUGUCCCGUGGGAGGAUGGAUUUAUUGCAUUUUGAAGACGAACACGAAAGUCCGCUUGAUUUAGCACGAAGGCUUGAAAAAACUGCAUUCGUAAGAUUAUUGGAAAAGUAUGAAAAGAUUCCAUGUGAAGAGAAAACUGUCAGCGUUGAAGAAUCUCUGCACGACAAAACAAAUUGCGAAGUGAUUUUUCUAGAAAGCACUUCGCUAAAUGAGUUUGACUUGACCUCAGAGAAUAAAAAUGCUAAGCAGAAAGAUCAAGUUUCUGGUUGGAUAACUGAAGCUAGUCGAUGCGAAAUCUGGGAAAAACGAGUCCAAACUCCUGUCUACGAAGAGGAUUCUACGCGCGGCCUAGCGAAAAAGGGCCUAGAUUCUUUAAACAGUGGUAAAUCCAAUGAGACUCUGGACCGAAGAACUGUAAUGGAAUGUGGCUCUUCGUCGCCGAAAGAUACUAAAGGAAGCAAACUGACUCAAGAGAACGAAAAGGGUUCUACUCAUAAAACCCAAAAGGAAAAAAGUAAAGCUUCACAGCAAAAGCCAAAAGAUCGCUUUCGAAAUUAUUCUCUGAAACUACGUAUUCCAGUGAGAAGCAAGAAUAGAGGUGUUCAAGAAAAUGCGUCCACUCAACGACAACAAUCCAUGGUCAACGAUGACACAAGCGUUGAAAAAAAGCAAGCGCUAAGCGCCGAAAAACGCACACCGAAAAGUGCAUCACCCUCAAAUGGAACAGUACCUAAAAUCAAGAUCAUAAAAAAUAUCGAGGACUUAGCACGUGAUCACCACGCGAAUAGCCACGCCAAUACUUCUGGCGCACGGUUGCGCCCGACUACAGAAAACCUCAUUACAACACGACCUUUUUCAGCGCAUAGUCAUAUUGCUGGUUCACCAACUGCAACAAGACUGAUUUGCGCGCGACCCAGGUCGUCGACUAUAGAGAAAGAUGCACGUGUUUCCUACUCACCCCCUUGCGCUUCGCCUCCGGAAAGGUUCUGUAUUCCGCAUCCCCCAGACUUUCCAUCUUCUUCCAGGCGGCAGUCCUGGUCGCCUUCGCCUGACUUGGUUGCAAAGUUAAGUCCAGUGCUACAGAGAAAGUUUGGAUCUGCGUGCGACUUGGAAAGACCAAGAUCAGGGUCACUAAAGCUAAUAUACCCAAGCAGUCACAUACCCAGUGAACAGCAAACACCUACUAGCACUACCCCUACUUCGCUACCAUUAGUGGACUGCAAACAGUUUAAUGCACUUAGACAGGACCUGCUUGUACAAUCGAUGUCGGCUCCCACUUCACCGCAGUCGCCAAGGAAACUACUUCCACUGAAAAUCAACCACGAAUUAGAGGAGCUCCAUCAUCGAUUCCUUUCUACACGAGCGCGAGCACAAUCUCUCAACUAUCGACGUGGAAGUCUGCCUGUAGAUCUUGGGAAGGACAACAAAAACAAAUACGAGAAUUGGCGGGAAAACCUCGAUACCAGACAGAAACAUGGUAUUCCCUUUGAAGUCUGGUUGAGAGAAAAGGGAGAACAGACUGCAAGAAAACGCGAAUUUGAAUCAGCGGCGAUAAAAGCAGUCGAGAAACUUGCUGACCAAACAUGGUCAGAAAUUCGGUCGCAAGGGAAGACGUAUGAACAAUGGCUGAAAGAGAAAGACCAAAUGAAGAUCCAUAAUAAGGACUGCAAAGGUGAAUGUAUUGAUCAUGGUAGUCACGGUGAAUGUCAUAAAAGGGCUUUGAAGUACGAAGAAUGGCUGAAGAAAAAAGAUGAGGAAGACUUAAGAAGAGAAGAGGUAAUGAGACAAGAAGCUGAAAGACAUUUUGAAGAAAACAGAAGAAAGAGAGAAUUAGAAAAUGAACGAAAGAUUGCCAGACUAAUCAAACAGGACAAGUAGUACAACAAAUAUAUCGCACAAAGUACCGUAAUUUCGCAUCUCUUUUUAAAAAGUUUAAUUUUAAAAAAUUUGAAGCACUACGUGAAGUCGCCAUACGACUACGACAUAUAAUACGACUAUUA